ACAGUACAGGGAUGACCAGAGACUGCGGACAGUACAGGGAAUGACCAGAGACUGCGGACACAGUACAAGAGAUGACCAGAGACUGCGGACAGUACAGGGAUGACCAGAGACUGCGGACACAGUACAGGGAUGACCAGAGACUGCGGACAGUACAGGGAAUGACCAGAGACUGCGGACACAGUACAGGAGAUGACCAGAGACUGCAGACAGGGAAUGACCAGAGACUGCGGACACAGUACAGG